UAAAUGGGUAAGAUGGUAAAUACGGAAGAGGAAAGGGGGAAGAAACGGAAAUGGCGAACAGAAGUGGGGAGAAUGUAUAUGUACAGUUCACCCAUUGGUUUUCUCAAACUUGGGACGAAAGGUAUGCGAAAUCAAGCUCCCUCCAUUGUAUAAGUAUCCAAAACCUUUUCAUUCCCCAAACCCCAUGCCUUGCCUUCUUCAUCAUUACUUCAACCAACCUCCUGCCGAAGCUUUUAGCUUCUGAUGACAUUGUGAUUUGCGCCAACCAUUGCGAAUUUUUCAUCCUUUGGGCUUCUGGUGCGAUGCAGGACUUAUUGGUUAAUGCUGUAGCUGGCUGCUUGGUUGAAGUCUGUUAGCUGGGUGCUUUCAGAAAAAAAAUCAUUAGCAGCGAUUGUCAAUAUCAUUCACUUUGGAACUGCAACGGUUUCUUUAUUAACAUGUCGCUUUUGUCAAAGUUGCGUUGCAUCACCAUAGAUGUUACCGGUACAUUGUUAGCUUACAAAGGUGAGCUAGGUGAUUACUAUUGCAUGGCAGCCAAGUCCGUGGGGUUGCCAUGCCCUGACUACAAACGUGUGCAUGAGGGAUUUAAACUUGCUUACAAGGAGAUGGCAAAAAACUAUCCAUGUUUUGGAUAUGCAGCAAAAAUGCCUAACAUCAUUUGGUGGAAAACUUGCGUUAGAGAUUCCUUUAUCAGGGCUGGAUAUGAUUAUGAUGAAGAGACUUUUGAGAAGGUGUUUAGACGUAUAUAUGCAUCCUUUGGUUCAUCCGCUCCUUAUAAGGUGUUCGAAGAUUCCCAACCAUUUCUUAGAUGGGUGCGUGAGCAAGGUCUUAUGGUUGGCAUCGUGAGUAAUGCAGAAUACCGGUACCAGGAUGUGAUCCUUCCAGCUUUAGGCUUGAAUCAGGGAUCGGAAUGGGACUUUGGUGUAUUCUCCGGUCUCGAGGGUGUGGAGAAACCAGAUCCUAGAAUCUACGAGAUUGCAAUCGAGAGGGCUGGAAAUAUAGCCCCAGAAGAAGCUCUCCACAUUGGAGACAGCUUGCGGAAAGAUUAUAUUCCUGCAAAGAGUGUGGGAAUGCAUGGUCUGUUAUUGGAUAGAUUUAAGACAUUAGAUGCUGAGGAAUGGAGAAAAUCUGGGGCAGUGGUGCUUCCCGAUCUGGUGGCUGCUCGAGACUGGCUUCAGAAUAACUGAUUUGUUAUGUUGAAAACUUAAAAUAUGGGUCUCCAAAGUCAUCUGUUAUAAGGCUUCUCUUCUUAUAAAGAAAAAGGAAAAAAAACAAAAACAAAUGUAAUGUUAAUUUACAUAUGUAAGGAUUUUACUUCAGCGAAUAUGCUUGAAAUCAUGCAUCCAAGUGGUUGAGGCAAUAACAAAGUUGGCAAGAAAUUGAGGAGAGUGAAAUGUGAAUGGCUAACAAAACAACACAUGGAAGUUAAUGUUUGGACUAGCUUCCUGAUUUUUUAAAAA